GGGAAACUCGAUGUCGAUUUCAAUAACAUUCGAUACAUUGAGGACUUUCGAACAUAAGAAUAACAAAAUUUCCACAAUACUCUCAAGCAAUGCGACUUACAACUCCAGAAAUCUCCUGGCAUGGAAAGGAACCAUUGUUCAGCCUCGAUUUCUCGUUAAGUAACAAAGCGACUCGUUUGGUCACGAGCGGCGCUGAUUCAAAUAUCAGGAUAUGGGCUGUUCUUGAUGAUGAUGAUAAGGGCUCUAAGGUUGAGUUCAUGUCAAACUUAUCUCGACAUACUAAAGCAGUCAAUGUAGUACGAUUUUCUCCACAAGGAAAUAUGUUGGCAUCAGGUGGAGAUGAUUGUUUUGUGAUUAUUUGGAAGCUGAAUGAUGGUAGUACGGAUGGUUUCCCUCAACCUGCUAACAUGGAGUGUGGAGAUUUUGAAAACAAAGAAUCUUGGCAGGUUGCAAAAAUGCUCAGAGGUCAUAUUGAAGACGUCUAUGACUUAGCUUGGUCUCCCAAUGGAACUCAAUUGAUUUCAGGCUCUGUUGAUAACAGUGUGAUAAUUUGGGAUACUAACAAAGGAGAUAAGUUGAGGAUACUAAAGGAUCAUCGUCAGUAUGUCCAAGGGGUGUCAUGGGAUCCCUGUGGUACCUAUGUUGCGUCAUAUUCUUGUGACCGCACGUGUCGCAUUUACAACACGUCCAACUACAGAUGUUGUUUUAAUAUUAAUAAAGUGACUCUGCCGAGUUGUGCCAAAAGUGAAACCGGAACACAGAGUUCAAAACAAAUCAAAAUAUUUCACGACGAGACAAUGCCGUCCUUCUUUCGCCGUUUAACGUUUUCACCAGAUGGUUUGCUUCUAUUUGUCCCAGGUGGAAAAUUUGAGGUACAAGAGAAGAUGGUGAACACAACUUUCGUUUUCACCAAAGCAUCCAUGAACAAACCAGUCAUGUAUUUUCCCGCCAAGAAGAAACCGACCAUUGCAGUGAAAUGUUGCCCUGUACUCUUUGAGCUUCGAAACACAGGCAAAAAUUCUGGCGAAAGUAACAAGUCUGUUUUUAAGCUGCCAUAUCGCACUGUAAUAGCUGUUGCAUCUUUGGACAGCGUUGUAUUGUACGACACUCAACGAACGUUGCCGUUUGGUUUUCUUUCAAAUAUGCAUUACGCUUCAUUGACGGACAUCGCUUGGUCCGGAGAUGGUAGAAUCCUUGCAAUUUCCUCCCGGGAUGGUUAUUGUUCUUUGGUGACAUUUGAUGAUGACGAGUUGGGUGUCCCCUACAGUCAAACAGCGAGGGAAAUAAUCGAGAAUUCCACAGUUCCCGCCAAAGAAAGCAGUCCAAAUAGACGAAUUAUCACGACGCCGAGGUGCAAAACACCAGACUCUGGUAAAGAUGAACGCACUCCUCCGAAGAUAGAAAAGCUCUCAAUCAAAAACUUUGUAACAGUCAACGCACCGAAAUCUAACUCCAGCCAAUCAGCAAGCGUACAGAGCUCAGUUAAAACAGACAACGCUCAAAAUGACAGGGGGAGAACUGCGGAACCUGCUCCACGCAGAGUCGGCUUCGCCACCGUGAAGCCUUCGAUGCCGGUGCCAUCUUCGACCGUGGGUGAUAAUUCUGCCGCUGCUAUGACAAUGGUUUCCAUGGCAACUCAGUCACGGAGGGUGAACUUUACGACGCUGCAAGCGAAAGGAACAGCGUCUUUGGAAAACGAUUGUAAACAUUUGAUUACAAAUAGUUCUGCAGGCGAAGAAGUAAAACCUGUAAGUUCAACUUCGGGAAACCAGCCUCGCCGGGUGGGAUUCGUCACCAUAAAAUCUCCACAAGAUUCGCAGGUACCCCACAGAAGUCCCACCAAUCCUUCGAGCCAGAAUACAUCGAAUUCCCCUCCGGGGGGUGAGCCCAUGAAAAGCGCCCACGAACCACGUCGAGUUAACUUUGUAACUCUCAAAUCACCACAGAACUCGACUAGGCCACAACGAGAAAUCCUCGCCAUAUCAACAUCGACGAAUCACAGUGGGUCAGACACUCCUACCGAGAGAGAGGGGUACGCUUCCAUGACCCAACCCCCACCGCCCAGAGUCAACUUUGCGACAACAGAGGUUCCCUCGCCUCCCACUGAGAAGGCGACCCAGCAGACCGUCAGCGAAACGUCCAACCAAAGUUCUACAAUUCAUUCAACAAGCAUGGCUAGUACCAGUGUUAAAGCUGCUCAGGACAACAUUACGAGACAAGACAGACCACGAGUACCACUGGAGCCAGAAGUUACUAUCAUAAACCAUUAGCCAUUGAACAUUGGAAACACAGUAUUCAAAUUAUUUGACAUUCGCUUGUUUCCAACUCAAGGUUUUUAUUCAGGGAUAAGCAAGAUAUAUAGUUUAAUAUAAUAAGUAGAUAGCUCUUGAUAGCUCAUAAAACAAUCAAGUUUUCAACCUCAUCUAUUUCCAUUGUACUUAUUAUAUUUUCCCAUCAUUUGCUGGACUGCGAAGCCAGUGUUUGGUCGCGGUGUUAAUGCAAGGAAACUCUAGACUUAUUAUUAUUAAAUGGUUACAAAGUAUUCUGAUAGUUGUAGAAUGUAACAUAAAAAAACAAUUUUGUUGUACAUUAU